GGGCCGGCUGGAGCAGGGAGCCGCUGCAGGGACUGGUACAGACUGGUACAGGGUCUCACUGGGUCUCACUGGGUCUCGCUGGGUCUCACAGGGUCUCACUGGGUCUCACUGGGUCUCGCUGGGUCUCGCUGGGUCUCACUGGGUCUCGCUGGGUCUCGCUGGGUCUCACUGGGUCUCGCUGGGUCUCGCUGGUCCUGCUGGUCCCCCAGAGGAGCAGGACACUCACCAUAACUGGAUUAACUUUUUUUCUAAGUUGGACUUCAGAAGCACAAUGCCAAACUGGGGAGGGGGCAACAAGUGCUCGGCGUGCCGCGGGACCGUCUACCACGCCGAGGAGGUGCAGUGUGACGGGAAGAGCUUCCACAAAUGCUGCUUCCUGUGCAUGGUCUGCAGGAAGGGUCUGGACAGCACCACCCUGGCCAGUCACGACCAGGAGAUCUACUGCAAGUCCUGCUACGGCAAGAAAUACGGCCCCAAAGGCUACGGCUACGGACAGGGGGCGGGCACGCUCAACAUGGACCGCGGGGAGCGGCUGGGAAUCAAACACGAAGGGACUCACACUCACAGACCCACCACCAACCCAAACCCCUCCAGAUUCGCCCAGAAGUUCGGCGGCUCGGAGAAGUGCGGGCGGUGUGGCGACUCGGUGUACGCGGCGGAGAAGGUCAUGGGGGCGGGGAAGCCCUGGCACAAGAACUGCUUCCGCUGUGCAAAGUGUGGGAAGAGCCUGGAGUCGACCACCCAGACGGAGAAAGACGGAGAAAUCUACUGCAAAGCCUGCUACGCCAAGAACUUCGGGCCCAAAGGCUUCGGGUACGGGCAGGGAGCCGGCGCUCUGGUGCACGCUCAGUGACGAAGCUCCACCGCCUCCACCUCCCAAUAAACACCACGGAGCGAACACACACACAUUUGACUGUAUUU